UCAAACUCUCAACAAAUCUUUAUUAGAUAUCACUAUAUCAGUAAUAGUGAUAAGAGAUUUGAACGAUGAACAGUUCAAAUUCAAAUCAAAACCAUAGUCUGACCGUCGUCUAACGUUUUCACUUUUCGUCUUUCGCGUUCAAAGAAUAUUCGGAUCAUUUAUUGUUCCUUACUUUAUUUACUAGUUUAAUAUUAUGUCUUCAGCUGAACCUAGCCCACAGCACAUAUCUGCACUUAGAAAAUAUUUUGGACAUUCUACAUUUCGUUCUAUGCAAUGGGAGAUCAUAUAUUCAGUUUUAGAACAAAAAAGAGACGCGUGUGUGGUUAUGUCUACUGGUUAUGGAAAAAGUCUUUGCUAUCAGUAUCCUGCAGUCUAUAGCAAAGGCUUAACCAUAGUUGUUUCUCCAUUAAUAUCGUUAAUGAAGGAUCAAGUACUUUCUCUGGAGAUGGCCAAUAUAAAAGCAUGUCUGCUAGGUUCGGCACAAACAUCUAAGGCUGAUGCAUUGAAUAGUCUUUUUUCUGGAGAUGUGAGAGUGUUAUAUAUUACUCCAGAAUGGAUAGCCACUGAUUCAGCAAAACAAAUUUUACAAGAUUUACAAACCAAAAUUAAAAUAGUCGCAGUAGCUAUUGAUGAAGCGCAUUGUGUCAGUCAGUGGGGUUUUGAUUUUAGAUCCUCUUACAGGAAUUUGGGGAAAUUACGUAAGAUACUACCCAAUGUCCCAAUCAUGGCGCUAACAGCUACAGCCACACCAAUUGUACGCAAAGACAUUUGCAACUCAUUGAAUCUCAUAAAUCCAAAAUAUGUAUGUACAGGAUUUGAUAGAAAAAAUUUAUACUUUGAGGUAUCAAAAAAAACAAAUAUAUUUUUUGACUUGAAUAAGUUUAUGAAAAAAGAUGGGUUGAAAAUGUUUUUUGAAGGAGCCACAAUCAUCUAUUGUCCUACAAAAAAACAGACUGAAGCAGUUGCACAAGAAUUAAAAUCUAAUAGAAUAGAAUGUGAAGUUUAUCAUGCAGAUAUUCCAUUGAAAAAAAGAAACACUGUUCACGAAAAUUUUGUAAAAGAUAAAUUGCAAAUUGUUGUAGCUACAGUGGCUUUUGGAAUGGGUAUUGAUAAACCAGAUGUAAGACGUGUUAUCCACUAUGGAGCACCUAAAGAUAUUGAAUCAUAUUAUCAAGAAGUUGGUCGAGCAGGACGAGAUGGUUUGCCAGCUAUUUGUCAUAUAUUUUACAAUCAAGCUGACAUUGUACUCAAUAGGCAUAUAAUGCUUUCAAACCUCACAAAUGAUACAUAUCGCUCACAUAAAGAAAAAAUGGCCAAGGUCAUCGAACAAUACAUGGAGACUAGAUUAUGUAGACGUCAACUAUUAUUAUCCUAUUUUGAAGAUGUUUCUUCGUCAACUACAUCUGAUAGUGCUAUUAUUAGAAAAAACUGCUGUGAUAAUUGUACAAAUAACCAGAAGACUGACAAAUUACAACCUGAUAAUAAUAUAGAUUUAACUGAAGUACAAUUAGUCUUAAAAUCUGCACAAGCACUAAGUGGUUCUUUUGGAAUGGUGGCAAUUGUAAAUUUUAUUUGUGGUAAAAAAAAUGAUAAAUUAUCUAAAUAUAAAGCCCAUCAAUUAUAUGGAAAAGGGAACUAUAAUACAGAAACUUUUUGGAAAGCACUUGGUAAAUUGUGUUUGAGAGAAAGUUUACUGCAGCAAAAUCCUUGUACUUCAUUCAGGGAGGGCAACAAAUUUUCUUUUCCAAUCAGUACUGUUUCAGUUUCAGACAAAGGACAUGAGUUCAUAAAAUAUGGAAAGAAAUCGGGUAUUCUAAUAGACCCUUCUUUGGAUGUUUUAAAAAUGUUUAAAUCUAAAUCAGCCAUUAAAUUAAAUGAUGUUUAUAAGAAUAGUGGUACCUUAGAUAUAAAACUGAAAUAUCUGCAUGAAGAAAAAGUAUCCCAAUGUACACCAAGUAUACAGAAUAACAGAUCUCAACAAGCAACUGAAAGCACCGAGUUAGAAAACACAAUAUACUCGACAUUGGUUAUGUAUAGAAUCACAUUGGCUCAACAAUCAGACUGUAUGCCUUAUAUGAUUGCAAGUAAUAAAUUGUUAAUCGAUGUGGCAAAAUUAAAACCUAAACAUAUAUCUGAAUUAAAAAAUGUUGAAGGGUUUACUGAAGCCAAAAUUGAUCGUUUUGGUCAAGCAAUAGUGGAUAAGGUGAUAGAAGUUUGUAACAAGUAUCCGGUAGAACCGAAGACUGAGAGUGUAAAUCAGUGCGAAACUAAUAAUUCAAACUCCAGUGUGUGUGACGAGUUUUGGGAUGAAUGUGACGACUCUAUAUUCAGUGAAAUAUGUGAUACAGAUGAAAUUCAAAAUUCUGGUGUUGAUAAAAAUGUAAAUAUAAAUGGAGUUAAUAGUGAUUUAAUUCUAAAAAGUGAUGAAAACCCGACCAAAAGAAAAUAUUGUGCUACUGAAUCAAAUGCAUCGUGUCAAGAAAAAAUAACAGAACUCAAUAAAGUUAUGAUAAAAAAAUUAAAAAAUAACUCUUUGUUUAGAUUUUAAAGAAUUGAAAUUCAAAGCAAAAUUAUAUAUUAGGUUAUCGUAAUAUAUGUUUCGUACUCAAACUAUA